UUUAGAGAGAGAGAAAGAGAGAGAGAGAGAGAGAAUCAAUAUAUAUUGCUAAAAAAUGUUAUAUAAUGUACUAGAACAUCGUUUAUUAACACCACCUGCGCUAUGUUUGGUUGGCGAAAUGGGAAGUCUAAACACUUAUCUAAGGCCAUGUCUGAUAUUGGUUUUGAUAUGCUGUCGGUAACGUCUCGAUAUGUUGUCGAUACAAAUCGAUAUGGUGUCAAACUGCCAAUUAUGCUGCUCCAUAAAAACUGGAUCAGGAUCCUUUAGGAAGGGGCUAACUCAUAUUGUCUAAAUAUAUACUUUGUUUAUUUCAUGAUUUUUUGUUUCUUUAAUUUGUCUAAUAGAUUGUGGAACUUUUGGUGCAUAUGGAUUGCGAAGGAUGCGAAAAAAGGAUAAGAAGAGCAAUUUCAAAAAUAGAGGGUGUGGAUAGCUUGGAAAUAGACAUGGAUACACAAAAGGUGACGGUGACGGGGUAUGUAGAUCAAAGGAAGGUGUUAAAGGUUGUGAGAAGAACAGGGAGGAGGGCUGAAUUUUGGCCCUUCCCAUACGACAGCGAAUACUAUCCGUACGCAUCUCAAUACUUUGACGAGUCUACAUAUUCGUCUUCCUACAACUACUACAUGCAUGGCUAUAACGAAGGCGUGCACGGAUACUUCCCCGACCAGUUAUACUCAACCGUUGCUGAUAAUACUGUACAUCUCUUUAGUGACGACAAUGUUCAUGCCUACUGCACCCUUAUGUGAUCAAACAAUAAGAAGCCAUAUGUACAGUUUGUUGGAAACCAAAAGAAAACUCCCCAGACGACGAUGAGCCUGGAGAGAUUUUUUUUUUUUU